UCCACCUCCAUCACAAAGAAGAAAAUAGACGCGCUGUUUUAAAUGUCGUUUUGAAUUAUUAUUCCAUAUUUGUGCAAUAAAAACUAGCAAAUAUCACUAAAUUUAACAUUGUGACAUACAUCUGGGACUUGCCUUCCAAUACCAUUAAAUAUAACGCGUAAAAAGCGCGCUCUGACCGACGGAAAUCUUGGAGAUAUGGAAAACGCCGAUGCGAUUUCGCAAUCGGAUGCUCACAUCGACUACAAAACCCCCAAGAAGACCCACUCGCUGAUCGACAGUGAGCAGUUGCUGGAUAAGAUCAAUAUCCUCACCACCAAGCCGGAGAAUCACUCCCAAAAUGCCAAGCUUCCCACGAUCAAGGACUUUGUCAUCAUCAAGCCCAUUAGUCGCGGGGCCUUCGGAAAGGUGUUCCUGGGCUACAAGAACAACGACUCGAAGCGUUUGUUCGCCAUCAAGGUGAUGCGCAAGUCGGAGAUGAUAAACAAGAAUAUGGUGUCCCAGGUGAUCACCGAGCGGAACGCUUUGGCCCUGUCCCGAUCCGAGUUCUGCGUCAGCCUCUUCUACUCGCUGCAAUCGCUGUCCUACGUCUACCUGGUGAUGGAGUACAUGGUGGGCGGCGAUCUCAAGUCGCUGCUGGCCAUGUUCGGGUACUUUGACGAGACCACCUCCCGCUUCUACGUGGCCGAGAUGGUGAUGGCCCUGCAGUACCUGCACCAGCACGGAAUCGUCCACAGGGACAUCAAGCCGGACAACAUGCUGCUCUCGGCCAGUGGCCAUGUGAAGCUCACCGACUUUGGGCUGAGCAAGAUCGAUAUGCGACGAGAUCUGGAGAUCUCGGACCUCAUCAACUGCUCGCCGAAUCUGAAUGCCCGCACGCCCGGCCAACUGUUGUCGCUCACCUCGCACCUGUCCUUUGGCUCCGAGAAGAAGCUGCAGGACUUCGGUUCCGUUGGUCAGGCCAACGGAAUGGGCUCGGCCGCCACGGGCACGUCGCACCUCCUGCAGGCCAUCAACAAGCACAGCCUGAUCAUGGAGCUGUCGGACAGCGAGGGCGACACCUCGCUGAAUGAUGCCGAGAAGACCAGCGACAGCAAGAUCUCCGGAGUGUCGCCCUUCUUCUCCGCCGAGGAGGCCAACGAGUCCAUCACCCAUACGUGCACCGCCAACAAUCCCCAGGACAGCAGCUCCUCCUGCUCAUUCCACACUUGCAACUCGGCUGACCUGAGCAAGUGCUCGCCACCACUAGAAGCUCCUCGAGAUGGUGCUGCUGCAGCGGAAGUGAUUCCCAGCAAGCGGCGCGUGGAAUUCGCCUUGGAUGUGGCUCCCUGCCAGGGCUGCAAGCUGGCCGAGCAGGACAGCGGCAACAUGGCCACCAAUGGAGGCAAACACUUGCCCAAGCUGGAUAACGCAAGCGAGGCUUCGUUUGAGUUCUCCAUGGUGCGCAGGCGAUCGGUCGACGAGCGUAAUCGCCUCUCGAAGGGUCAGGAGGAUUCGGGCGUGUCGAGUCGCAAGGGCGACGACUACUCCAGCUGUAACCUGAACUUGAACAGCGAGAGCACAGCCUCGUCGAUUGAGAAGAAUGCGGAGAACCUGAGCCAAUCCAAGGAGGACUUUAGCUGCUCGGACUACUCGCGUAGCUAUAACAUGACCAAUGGCAACGAGAUGAGCGGCAUCCAUUCGCCAUUUCGCAACCUGUCCAAGCACUUCAAGCGUCCCGACUUCCUGCGCGGCAUGAAGCGGAAGAUCAACCUGGUCAACCGCUCCGACAACAUGUCCAGCAUGGAGGCCGAUGGCUCCAGUUCGGGCAACGGCAGUGCCAACACCGGACUAACGCAGGAGAUCGAGAUCCUCAACAUUGGCAGCAGCACGCCCAAGAAGCGCAAGGCCCGUUCCUCGCCGAUUCGCGGAGUGCUCAAGGUGCGCUCCUUAUCGGACGACGAGCUGCCCAUAAACCAUCUUCUUGGACCGGAGGCGAAUGUGGCCAAUGUGGUCUUCUCCACGCCCGUCUCCUCGCAAAAGUUGCCGCGUCGAGAUGGCGGUCUUUUGGGAAAGCUAAAGGCCACACGCUUUGCUCUGCCCCUCUCGAUUGAGAACAAAAAGCGCGAGCACGCGGCUGCCGAUAAGAUGUCGGGGAUUCAGUAUCACCUCAAGCUGUCCGACGAUCCCACAAUGUCGCCCAUAAACCAUGGGACCGGCAACCUGCCAAAGACGCCGAAGAACGUGAACAUCAAUACACCAUUCCGCACCCCCAAGUCGGUAAGGCGAGGGGCUCGCGUAUCCAACGAACGCAUCUUGGGAACGCCCGACUAUCUGGCUCCGGAGCUGCUGCUGAAGCAAGGACACGGUGCUGCCGUCGACUGGUGGGCAUUGGGAGUCUGCUUCUAUGAGUUCAUGACCGGCAUUCCACCCUUCAACGACGAGACGCCUCAAAAAGUAUUUGACAACAUUUUGAAUAAAAACAUCGAAUGGCCAGAGGGCGAAGAGGCGUUAUCCGUCGAUGCCAUGGAAGCUGUGGAACUGCUCCUGACCAUGGAUCCCAACGAGCGACCGGCCGCCAAGGAGGUGCAGCAGAUGCGGCACUUCGCCUGCAUCGACUGGGAGAAUAUCGGCAAUACGGAGCCACCGUUUGUGCCCACACCCGACAAUCCCACGGACACGGGCUAUUUCGAUGCGCGCAACAACCUUCAGCACCUGCAGCUGUCCAAUUUCGCCAUGGAAGACUGACUGCCCGAGCGGAGCCCGGCUGCCUCCGUUUCAGCGAGCACUAUUCCUAUCGUUAUUUAUAUUUUCAUGUAGCAAUACCCAAGAGUAGACCUUUAAUGUUCACUUGUUAUCGUUCGUCUAGCCCUACGUAUUUAUAUUUAGUUUAAAGUUCAUUCAAUUGUAUUAUUAAAUUGUCACGAUUGUCGAUGAUCCUGAUCAGUGUUAAAUUAAUGCAAAUAUCUAACUGAUUUCUAGAUUGUUAUUGUAACUACGCUUAAACGAAUAGCUUCAAGUAUGCACCUUCUAGAUAUGUAUAUCCAAUAAAGUUAUAGUCUAAAAGAUGAAAA